UGCCAGCCGAGUCAGUUGGAAGAUCAUCUCUGGUCAAUUGACAUCAAAAUCACGCUCCAAGUUCUCGAAGCUUUUGCAGCUCACUUCACAAGAAUCAAACUUAAUUUCACUGAGAAUCACUCGCAAGGCAAGAUGGCAAAUCAAUGCAAAGUCGUUAUCUUCAUCUCAUUGUCGCUGUUUGCGAUCGCAACUGGACUGAGUUUUGAAGACUCUAAACAAGGGCGAGAAAACUAUUACAACUUCAUCGUUGAAUCACGUGCCAACGGAAAACGAUACGAUGGAACAGAGUUACGAGAGAAAUGCAAGGACCGUUUGGCAGUCCAGACGUGCAACGCCUACAAACCCCUGUGCUCCUACUACAGAAUCAUCCGCGAGAUGUGCGCAGAAUCCUGCGGCCAGUGUAAACGUACAUUCCAACACAUUCAUUGCUCUGCAACCAAAUUUGGAUGUUGCUGGGACAAUUUCACAAAGGCCGCUGGACCAAACAAAGAGGAGUGUCCAGCCUGUAUCGAUAUGCAUGGAGACUGCAAGUACUUGAAAGACCGCUGUGCAGAGAGAGCAGAAGUUCGCAGGGUGUGCCCAGUGACUUGUGGAGUUCCCUGCCAAAACUGCGCAGAUGACCCGCACCAAUCAGAAGUUUGCCCUUAUUACAAAAUGGCCGGAUUUUGCCAAGUUGACCCAGUACUGAUGAGGAAACACUGCAAAAAAACGUGUGGAUUCUGCAGAUAAUCUGAAUGUGUAUCAAAGAGUUACUGUACCAGUCGCCCUCGUCUAGAUGUUUAGAUGUAAACUACUAUGUGGGCAGCAGCUCCCGGUUCGGCCUCGCAUCCGGCCCAAAGGAGGUUAGCCCGCCAAAUGAAUAUGGCACAAAUGGACAAUCGAAGAGCAACUUUCGCUCGCGAAUAAUCAAGCCUAAAUGUCAUUGGUUUAAAGCUGAUCGAGUCUGUGUGGAUAUUUAACUUGAUAACAGUAUUUGAACACGCAAACUAAACUAGAAAAUAUAUCUCGAUCGAUGAAUGUGUAUUUAGAGUACGUUUCAGUGUGUGAAUAGUGUGGUGGUAAUCUUUAUUAUGUACAAAAGCAAUGUCCACGUUUGCCCUAGUUCUUGUGUAUUGCAUUAACAACGAAAAUCACCUAAAUGAACCAAGAAAUCAUUUUUGUGACAAUUCUAAUGGUAGUGUGAAGGCCAAAAGUUUUGUGGCAUUUGCUUCUCAAAAUCUCAAUAGAAAGCCCAUUUCUCUAAAUAUAUUUGCAACCUCGCCCCAAAUGCCUCAGAACUAAGAGUAUAACGAUUUCCUCUUUAAAGAAGCUUGAGGAGUGAGUUUUCCAGUCGAAACAACUCGCAGUGAUUUUCUUGUUUUCGUUUUUGUAUUUACACAAGCGGCCAUGUCAUAGGUAGUUGUUAAACAUAGAUAUGCGUUAGUGUGUAUAAUUAUGUGUAAUUUUAUAAUAAAUUUGUAGGUUAACUUUUUGUCGGUAUAAACUCUUCAUAUUAUCAAGUAAUGAAAAAGAACGAGUAAUUAGAAACGGUAGAAUGUAACUUUUCUAGAUUUUGAACUGGUUCACAGUUUAAUAAUGGUUGACAAUAUUUGUUAAUGUGUACCCUGAUUAUAACAGGAAACUCCAACUACUUGCAAGUGGAGGUUUAUUUUAGAUUUUGUAGUUUCGGUAGAUUUAUAUAGCUUUGUAGUCGUGUUUUCUAAUAGUCUGUUGAAGUUUAUGUACAACCCUCAUUUGCAAACAUGGUCUGGCUCAAGCGACAUACUGUGUGGCGUUCUUCAACCCCUAGUCUUAUAUAAAUUGUAUCAAAUCCAAUCCUGGUAAAAAAUGGUUGCCAUGUCUCCAGAACAAGUUUGCCAAUAUAAGUUCCCAGGACUCUUAGAGUAGAAAAUCGAGCCAGUCAGAAACUUUAUCUGUUAUAGUUCGCUUGGUAUGUAGCUAUUUAAUCAUUUUAAAUAUUAACAUAAUGUACUGACUUUUUUCGCUUUAAGACAAGUUUCUCAUAGUUAAAAAUCGCAUUUUCAGUCUUUGUAAAUAAGCUCGUGUAUGUUUAAGUUGUUAUUGUUGGUCAAAUAUUCUUGGGUAUGUUAGCUAGCGUUUUCAGUAGAACAGUUACCAACAAGAAAUAAAA